GAGCUAUUUGACGAAAGGCUGAGGCAACCGACUCAGAAAAUGAAUUGAGAAACGGCUAAGACGAAAUCAGCCAAUCCCAUAGAGAAUGUAACGUAAACAACUAAGCAGUCCCUCAGCUCCACACCGCAGCCUCAAAACUGCAGAGCCCAAGCCAACAUGGCAGCCUACAAUUCAAACUACCUGCGCUUGCUCUCUGCCACGAAGCUCUUGACGUCUCACGUCAACAGCGGCCGCCACGAGCAGGCCCUCUCUCUUUUCCACAGCAUGCAAGCCUCUCCCACCCUCCUUCUCGACCCGGUGGUCUUCCCCCUCGCCCUCAAGUCCUGCGCCGCCAUUCGCCGCCCGCAACUCGGCACCGCCAUUCACGCGCACUCCUCCAAAGCUUCCCUCCUCUCCAACGCUUUCGUCGCCUGCGCUCUCGUCGACAUGUACGGUAAAUGCGUCUCCGUUUCCUCCGCCCGCCAACUGUUCGACGAAAUUCCUCACAGAAACGUGGUUGUGUGGAACGCCAUGAUCUCUCUUUACACUCAUUCCAAACGAGUGCCUGACGCUCUUGGAUUGUUCGAAGCGAUGGAUGUAGAGCCUAAUGCGUCCACUUUUAAUGCAAUCAUAGCCGGCUUGUCCGAGAUGGAGGAGGGGUCGUACAAGGCGCUCGAGUUUUAUAGGCAAAUGAGGGGGUUGGGGUUGAAGCUUAAUUUAAUAACUGUUCUUGCUUUGCUACGUUCUUGUGUGGGUUUGGCCGCUUUGAAUUUGAUUGAGGAAAUUCAUGGUUAUUCAGUUAGGAACGACUUAGACCCUCACCCCCAUUUGAGGAGUGCGCUGGUGGAAGCAUACGGGCGAUGUGGGUGUCUUAAAAACGCGCAUGUUGUAUUCAACGGCAUGAGGGAAAGAGAUGUAGUAGCUUGGAGCAGCUUGAUAUCUGCUUAUGCACUUCAUGGGGAGGCAGGAACUGCGCUGGAAAUUUUCAGACAAAUGGAACUGGCAAAAGUCAGACCUGAUGAGAUAACUUUUCUUGGGGUAUUGAAAGCUUGUAGCCAUUCUGGUUUGGCUGAUGAAGCACAGGAGUACUUCACGAGAAUGUCUAAGGAUUAUGGGGUGGAAGCGAGAAGUGAUCAUUAUUCAUGUUUGGUAGAUGUUUUGAGCAGAGCAGGGAGAUUGUUUGAGGCAUAUGAGGUCAUUCGACAAAUGCCGGUGAAAGUGACUGCAAAAGCUUGGGGAGCCCUUCUUGGGGCAUGUAGAACUUAUGGAGAGGUGGAGCUCGCCAAGAUUGCAGGUCAAGCUUUGUUUGAGAUAGAGCCUGAUAAUGCUGCAAACUAUGUUCUGUUGGCUAGAAUUUAUGCCAGUGCAGGGAGAUAUGAGGAGGCUCAGAGAGUGAGAAGAGAAAUGGAGACGAGAGGGGUGAAGGCAGCACCUGGUAGUAGCUGGGUUAUAUACCAAGAUUGAUGACAAACGCUAAUAACUUCAUCUAGAAAUUGCCUUGGAAAUUCCUCUAUUAAGCCUCGAAAAAGCAUUCUUAAUACUCCCAUGCACAGUGCUUACGGUGGUCAAUAAAUUUGAAGAGGUUCAGUACAUGAUUUACGCACACAAGAGGAUUGUAAUUUUUGAUGUCCACUUAAUUAUCCUGUUUGAAGACAAAUGUUGUAAAGGAAUAGAGUGGGUGGGGAUUUUAACUGCGCUGCCUAUGACUGAUUCUCAAGCAAUGAUUCAAGGUGAGGCACCAUAGAAGCACAAUGCUUGGCUGCAAAAUGUGCCAAGGGAAGCUAUCUAUCCAUUCAAUUUAUUUAUUUGUUCAUUGUUGCUGUAUAUGUCAGUGUAAUGUUUACAUCAUGAGAGUGGGUUUAUGCUCAAUAAUUUUAACCUGGUACCAUGUUUAGAUGAGAUACUAGCAGUAACACUUUUAACAUUGACGAAGAGCACAGUGACAAAAUAUGAGUUGGAAAGUAUUUGGCAAUGGAAUCUAUGUUAUAUUGGUAUAUUAAAA